AUGGCACAGCAGCUGUGUAGGUGCCUGCCAUCCUUGCCACCAUCUGAACAGUUUGGCAACAAAAUAAUUAAGCUAGUAACGUCCACAGCUUUAUGGGGUAAACUGUUAACUGGCGGAGGACUGCGUAUGAUUCAUUCUCUGGGACGUUCGCUUGAUUUACCACUCCUUAAGAAAUCCAACCUUUUAGCCUCAUCAGAAUUGAAGGAACCCCAGAAUUCCACCGGUCGAAUCCGGUCCAUAGAAAACGUGAAUACUGCUUCCUUCGUGACCACCUUCGCUUCUCUACUAGUGAAAGCGCACUGUUCCCGCAUCCGCCUCAAAUUCCUGAAACAAUGUCUUGAGCACGGAGAGGCUGGUGACGUCUGCCUACAUGUCGGUGGGAGCGCUGAAAUAGACCUUGAUAACAAAGUUGUAAGUGUGCCUUCAUUGUUGAAUAUUGUCCUUGUCUUCUGUCACCCCCGACGACGUCUGUCACCCCCGACGACCCCCGUCACCCCGACGACCCCCGUCACCCCGACGACCCCCGUCACCCCGACGACCCCAGUCACCCCGACGACCCCCGUCUUCACGACGACCCCCGUCACCCCGACGACCCCCGUCACCCCCGUCACCCCGACGAGCCCCGUCACCCCGACGACCCCAGUCACCCCGACGAUCCCCGUCACCCCGACGACCCCCGUCACCCCGACGACCCCCGUCACCCCCGUCACCCCCGUCACCCCGACGACCCCCGUCACCCCGACGACCCCCGUCACCCCGACGACCCCAGUCACCCCGACGAUCCCCGUCACCCCGACGACCCCCGUCACCCCGACGACCCCCGUCACCCCGACGACCCCCGUCACCCCCCGUCACCCCGACGAUCCCCGUCACCCCGACGACCCCCGUCACCCCGACGACCCCCGUCACCCCGACGACCCCCGUCACCCCGACGACCUCCGUCACCCCGACGAGCCCCGUCACCUCGACGACCCCAGUCACCCCGACGACCUCCGUCACCCCGACGAGCCCCGUCACCCCGACGACCUCCGUCACCCCGACGACUCCCGUCACCCCGACGACCUCCGUCACCCCGACGAGCCCCGUCACCCCGACGACCCCAGUCACCCCGACGACCUCCGUCACCCUGACGAAUCCCGUCCCUCCGACGACCCUCGUCACCCCGUGACCCCAGUCACCCUAGGCCUCAGUCACCCCGACGACCUCAGUCACCCCGGGCCUCAGUCACCCCGACGACCAUUAGCAUUACGAUCUCCCCCUUCACCACGAUCUCCCCCGCCUCACUCCCGUCACCAGGACGACCACACCCACCCCUACGACCCCUGUCAUCCCCACAAGAGCUGA